GAAGAAAAAUAAGAAGAUAGGUGGCGGUAAACUCAGCGUAACAUACUGUACUCCGCCUAUCAAACACCGACGAGGAAGAGGUUUUACAUUCUCCCAGUCCAACACCACAUUGAGGAGCCCUUCAGCGACAAGGAUGGCAUACAGGCGAGACCGAAGCCGAAUCAGAGAGGCCUAUGAUGAGCUUAUUUCAGAGAGAGCGGGAACAUACCAGAGAGUUGUGAAUGUUGUCGAGAGGAGGACUGCUGUGACAAGACCAGAGCAAGAAUAUGACAGAGAAUUUGAAUAUGAAACCAAGCGGUAUAGUGGCAUUCAAAGUUACCAAGAUGAUGACCAGAGAGGGUACCCUAGCGACAACAUUCACACAGGAAGUGAUCGUGGAUACCAUGGUGACAUGGUAGGGAGCAUCCGAGGGAGGAACUCCCCACCCCCCCGACAGGAGGACUACAGGGAUCCAUACUACAGGGGAUCCAGAGAUGAUUGCCAGAUGGGGCGUCAAGGAGAGAUAAGGAACAGCAGCAGAGCGGGCUCCCACCCCAGCAGCAGAGUUCAAGGGUUAGCUCCUCUCUCGAGGACCGUGUCUCCAGCCUACCCCGACAGAGUAGACCCCAACCUGAGGCAUGCCCUCAUGUACUUGGGCCAAGGGGAGAACCCUGAGGGUUUCAGGCGGAGGGUCCCGGGCCCCUACCCUGCAGGCCCUGCCGGGGACUCCUACACUACAGUACGGGACCGCUCUCCCAUCAGAAGGGAUACCCCACCAAUACCAGGCCCCAUUCUUAUGCGCUCCGGGUCCAACACCAGCAGAAGGAGCUACUCCCCAGACAGGGACCAGAAGGGCUUCUCCUACCAUCAGAAGGGGUAUAUCGAAGAGCCUCCCAGCCAGAGCAGAGAACCUGGUAAGCCCAGGUUGCUAGGCCACAGCAAGAGUGCCUCCUUAGACGGAUCUCCACACAGCGCUGUCUCAAUCAGGGAGGAACGUGACCCCACCCCAGCCCUGCUACCGGAGCCGGAGGACACGGUGCCGGCCAAGGAUGAGACAGACCAGACGCAGGAGGACAACUUCAAGACACGGCGCUCUCAAGCCAUCGCAGCUAAAGCCCUCGAAAUUGAGAAGCUAUACAAGCGGGACUGCGAGACGUUUGGCACGGUUGUCAAGAUGCUGGUGGUCAAGGAGCCUAGUCUGGAGAAGCUGCUCCAGAACCCUCUGAAAGACAAUCUGAUUGAGAUCAGGGAGCGUUGUCUUGACGACCUCCGACACUUUAUCAUAGAGCUGGACCAGGUCAUAAAGCCCAAACCGUCAAUGUGAGGGGGAACCACGAAGCCCUUAUUAUGUGAAGGAACUGAUGGACCAGAGGUGGAGUUUGUGUGGUGGUAUAGAGACUGUGAGGAGGCAACCUAGUGUGGCAUCCUCUCCACACUGUGCCAUUAAGAAGAAAUCAUAUUCAUAUUGAAGUACCAAUUAGUUUUUUUGUUUUUGUAAAUUAUUUUGACUUUUACUCCUUUUUCUCCCCAAUUUUGUGAUAUCCAAAUUGGUA